AGACUCCUGGUGUGUCGCUGGAAAAGGUGGUGGUUCGUGUUGGAAGGUCGUCUUCUCCUCUACUACAAAUCGCAGCUAGAGUAUCUGAACCUCUCACCGUGUCGAGGGUCACUCAACAUGGGGCUUGCGGCGAGCGUUCGACCAGGAAAAGGUUUAGAGCUCACUGUCAUCACUCGUUCCCAGACAGUCACUCUGAGGGCAGGUAACCGAUUGGACCAUGAACAGUGGUUACAGUCUCUGAUAGAUGCAAUGGCUCUACUGGUACUGCCAACACGUUCAGUGCAAGGCCUGUCAUGCAUUUCCGCUACUCCAGCCAGGAUCACCACGAAAAUUUAAUUGAAAGAAUAAAGAGCUUCAGGUGCCCUUCUUAUUCUUCAGCCCCCAAUGAUGAUGGAGCAAUCCCUAAACAAU